UUCAUUAAAUAAUUGAUACAUUCUCAGGUUAGCAAUGCCUCAGGCCUAUGAUACUAUAGUGGUCGGUCUGGGCUCCGCUGGGACCACUGCAGCUUCUACAUUAGCUAAGGCUGGCCGAAGAGUAUUGGCUUUAGAAGCGCAGGACCGAAUAGGAGGCAGAGUGAAAACGGUCAAGUGCGGUGAUGGUUUCGUAGAAGAAGGUGCAGAGUGGAUUCAUGGCACAGAAGAUAGUCGAGUAUAUCAAGCAGCCAUGAACAAUAAUAUUACGGUGCUACCUCAGGAUCUGGAUAUGGAAGUGUACAGGUCUGAUGGGAGUGCUGUUAACAGAGAGCUAAUGGAAGACCUUAUUAGCUUCUGUUUAGAGAGGGUGGGAAAACCUCCAGAUGAACCUCCUAUGAAACUUGGAAAUUUCAUAACUAGUAGGCUAAUGGAGUACAUCAAAGAGAAAUAUCCUCAUUUGGUUGAUGAUAAGAAAUUCCUGAAGGAGUUCUUGGACUUGGUGAACUUGUUUGUGAACAAUUAUGAAGCGUCAAAUGACUGGAAUGAUGUUAGCGCACAGAGCAGGUAUGAAGAACUGGGAGGCCAUCAACACAUGAGCUGGCAUCGGUAUGGAUAUAAGACAUUCUUCGAAAUAUUACUGAAUACCUACAAUAACGGUCCAGGGUUGCCAAACCUCGAUAUUAAAUUGAACACGGAAGUAACGCAAAUAAAAUGGCCGCGCGAUACCACGGGUAAUGUCGAGGUUGUGUGCAAAGAUGGCAGCACUUACACCGCUAGUAAUGUCAUAGUGACACUAUCUUUGGGCGUGUUGAAAGAGAGAAUAAAAAUGUUUAGACCCCCGUUGCCCGAGCAAAAGAUAACAGCCAUAGAGGAAAUGUCUAUGGGUGUAAUGGAUAAGAUCAUAUUUAAAUUCGACGAGCCGUGGUGGCAUGACAGAGCUUUAUUUUACAUAUUCAUAUGGGAUAUAAAGGACCGGGAAAAUGUUGCCAAAGACGAUUAUUGGAUAACAAGAAUUUUUGCAGCUAGCAACCCACUUGGCUCUAGGAAUGUUUUAACAUUGUGGACUAGUGGGGAUGUUGCUAAAAUGAUAGAGACACUGCCUGAAAAUGAAGUUAAAAGUAAAUGUAUGCAGUUGUUGAGGAGAUUUAUGGGUCGGAAUCAUACUAUUCCAGAGCCAGUAGAAAUGAUCAGAUCAACGUGGUUUUCGAACCCUUUCACCCGUGGAAGCUAUUCGUACGAUAAUCUAUUGACGCCCCAGAAGCCAAAUUUGCGUGAAGACCUUGCCAGUCCACUGCUGGACAGCGCUGGAAGCCCUCGCGUCUUGUUCGCUGGUGAAGCCACGAACUCUGUUCACUUCUCCACCGUCCACGGCGCCGCAGAAACAGGCUACAGAGAAGCUAUGCGCUUAUUGCCAAGUAGUAAGGUUUAGAAUACCCCAUUUUAUCGUGUGUUUUUUGUAAUAUUUAUUUAUUUAAUAUCCUGUUCACUGAAAGUUGAUAAGUAUUGUGAAACGUUUUGAGUUUUUCGCAAAAUUAUCGUAAUCUGAGGUUUAUGGUACGGGGCACGUAGAUCUAAGGCCGUCUAACUGUAUUUAACGUUUUAAAUAAUAAGCGAUACGCUAUAUUAUGAUUUGUAUGGAAUUAUUUAAUAUUAAAUAUUCUGCAAUUUAUAGUUUAUAAGUGAUUUGAUAUUUUUAUGAAAAGUUUAUUUACUCAUUUAUAUCAAUAUAUACCUAUAAAUUA